AACUCUCCCUCCGCGCCCGGGAACAUGGCAUCGGCCGCGAUUGGGGCCCCGGCCAGAGCCCUGCUGCGGGCGGGCGCUGAGCAGCUGCUGCGAGGAGGAGUCCUGGGGCUUUUCCGGCCGCGACUUGGAGCAGGCACCCCUGGCCUGGAGCGCGACUUCAGCCUCUCUCACAGUCGGGGCACAGUCAUCGUGGAGCGCUGGUGGAAGGUGCCGCUGGCCGGAGAGGGCAGGAAGCCGCGCUUGCACCGGCGACACCGUGUCUACAAGCUAGUGGAGGACACGAAACACAGCCCCAAAGAAAACUUGGAGCUCAUCCUCACGCAGUCUGUGGAGGAACUUGGAAUCCGGGGUGACCUGGUCUCAGUAAAGAAAUCUGUGGGCCGUAAUCGACUCCUUUCUCAAGGACUAGCAGUGUAUGCAUCCCCGGAAAACAAGAAGCUGUUUGAAGAGGAGAAAUUGCUGAGACAACAAGGAAAAUUAGAGAAGAUUCAGACCAAGGCAGGUGAAGCGACAGUGAAAUUUCUGAGAAGCUGUCACCUGGAAGUGGGAAUGAAGAACAAUGUCAAAUGGGAGCUAAACCCUGAAAUAGUUGCCCGCCACUUCUUCAAGAACCUUGGUGUUGUGGUAGCCCCCCAUGCAAUAAAAUUACCAGAAGAGCCAAUCACACGGUGGGGUGAAUAUUGGUGUGAGGUGACGGUAAAUGGGCUUGACACUGUGAGGGUGCCUAUGUCUGUGGUGAACUUUGAGAGGCCCAAGACCAAGAGAUACAAGUACUGGUUAGCCCAGCAGGCUGCCAAGGAAAUGGCCUCCAAAAGUGCCCAGAUGCUCUGACCUACCCUCCUUCCAAGGCAGCCAGAUGUCUUCAAGACCCCGAUGUUCUGCAUAGUAGAAUCAGAGGAGCCGUAGAACAAAGACAGGCCAGCACCCUGAUCUCACUCACACCUCUGACCACAUACCGAAUUUUAGAGUGUAUAUGGGGACAUAGGACUGAAGUGCACAUAAGUGUUGAAUUCUCCAUAUGUGCCAUCACCGUCUUCAACUGUCUUCACAGUCUUCUUUACUGGGACAAGUCUGCUCAAGAAGUACCAAGCCGUAAGUUUGAUAAGCUACACGUUAAUGGACCAAAGUGGUCCACAUCGAUCCCAUCUAGCCUCUUCCUCCAUCGGAGCACACUGGAACAAACAGAAAGAGCUGGCCAUCUUCUCUAGUACUUGGCUUGUUCUCAUCACCCAAACCAAACAUUUGGUUUUCAAACAGAAAUAAAGAGGUUAUGUUUGUUCUU